CCAUCAUGUCGCAGAAGUGCCCACGGUGUGAUAAAGCAGUAUAUUUUGCUGAAGAAGUGCGAGCCCUUGGCAAGAAGUGGCACAAACUUUGUUUGAAAUGUGCUAAAUGCAACAACCUGCUGGACAGCACCACCUGUACUGACCACAACAACGAAGUCUACUGCCGGGCAUGUUAUGCUAAGAACUUUGGUCCAAAGGGCUACGGGUUUGCUGGAGGAGCAUCAGGACUUUCCAUGGAUACUGGGGACCCGGGUGAGGUCACACGGAAGAAUGUCUCCCACCUAGCUGAGGCCCACGCUGCUCCCAUCCUCAGCACCAACGGUACGGCAAAACCUCGAUGGGGCGGAUGUGACAUGUGCCCUCGAUGCAACAAGGCUGUGUAUAUGCAUCACAUGAUGGUUUUUAAUGAGCUUCACCAUCAUACUAGUGGUGGUGUAAGUUUUCACUGUGAUGUUGCUUUUGUCUUUCUCUUGCAGACUUACCAUAAGGUCUGCUUCCGGUGUUCCACGUGUAACAAAUCCUUGGAUUCCACCACGUUGUGUGACAAAGGCUGCGAGAUUUACUGCAAAGCUUGCUACAACAAACAGUUCGGACCAAAGGGCUAUGGUUAUGGCGCUGCUCUUGUGAGAACGACAUAAACAGAGAAAUCUCUUUUGAAUAAUUAUUAUAAGUGCAUUAACUGCUAUUUCUACACAGCACGGGACCAGCAACAAGUGAUAGUACCAUGCACACACAAACGCACACACUGUAUUAAUCUUAAAAUGGACACUGUAUGAAAUACAUAUAGCCAAAUAUUUGCCAUUCUUUCUCCUUCCUUAGAUGUAGCAAUAGUUUAUUAUAGAUCUUAGAAGAAAUACUAAAUAAAUUCUUGGCAGUUAACCUCUACAUGUAACCCCUGUCUUAGACCCUCUUAUACACAUCAAGGGACCAAACAAUAGUGUUAGAAGCACAUAUAUAUCUUUUUUUGUAUUUUUAGGUGGGUCAUGUUGCUAAUUGAAUACACACGUUGGCUGUAUUUCACUUCAGUUUUAUUAUCUUUGUCAAAUGUUUUGCUUAUUUACUCACAUUCCUUUGAAUUAAUCAUGCACUAUCUUGGUGUGAUUGUUCAGAUGAUAUUGUAGGGAAGGUGUGAUAGGCUGGAUCUGACCAGUUUGAGCAUAAAACAUGUAGAAUAUUAGAACUGGAUGUAGCCGGUUUAAAUAUUAUGGCAGCAAGCUUACAGAAUCAUUACCAUGCAGGACAAAAUGUUUAGUAGCUUUUCUUCCAGUGCUUCAUGUUCUGAGUUCAAAUGCCACCAAAGUCAGCUUUGCCUAUCAUUCUUUCAGGGUCGAUAAAUUAAGUACCAGUGGAGUAGUGGGGUCAAUGUAAUUGGUUCAUCCCCUCCCCCAAAAUUGCUGCCCUUGUGACAGAAUUUGAAACUAUUAUUAUUAAGGCGACGAGCUGGCAGAAUCGUUAGCGCACUGAACGAAAUAUUUAGCGGUAUUUCGCCUGUCGCUAACGAAGGUCGACUUUGCCUUUCAUCCUUUUGGGGUCGAUAAAUUAAGUACCAGUGAAACACUGGGGUCAUGUAAUCAACCAGUCCCCUCCCCACAAAUCUGAGGCCUUGUGGCUCCAGUAGAAAGGAUUAUUAUUAUUAUUAUUAUUAUUAUUAUUAUUAAGGUGGCAAACUGGUAGAAUCGUUGACAUCCCUAGCAAAUGCUUAGUGGCAUUUCAUCUGUCUUCAAAUUGUGAGUUCAAAUUCUGCUGCAGUUGACUUUGCCUUUCAUCCUUUCGGGGUCGAUAAAUUAAGUACCAGUUACACACUGGGGGUCGAUGUAAUCGACUUAAUCCAUUUGUCUGUCCUUGUUUGUCCCCUCUGUUUAGCCCCUUGUGGGCAAUAAAGAAAUAAGAAAUGUUACCCCGCUGGGCGAAAUGCUUAAUGGCAUUGCUUAUGACUCUUUGUGCUGAGUUCAAAUGCUGCCGAGGUGGACUUAUAAGUUCCAGAUGAGCAUGAGGGCCAGUGUAAUCAAUCUCCCUUGCUCUGCUUCCCUCAGAACUGCCAGCCCUGUACCAGGAUUCACAAGCAUUAUUUAUGAACUCUGCAACUUUAUUGGUAAUGAUGAAAUCCCAUUCCCAUGCUGCUUGUAGAUUCUUCAUGCUGUCACCCACUGCUUGUGCUUAAGGACCCAGGAACAAGCGAAGAGUAUUUGUGUGUCCUGAGAAAGAAAGGUUUACCUCGUUGUUGAUAAAGUUAAUAAUCGUAAUGAGAGGACUCUGGGACACCAAUCAGAGUGAUUUAUGGAUUAAAUUAUUAGAUAAGUAAAUAUCUAAAUGAAUGGUAAUAAAAAAAUUGAAGUGAAAUACAGUCAGUGUGUGUGUGAGAGAGAGAGAUUUAGUUAGCAGCAUGAUCCUCCCAAAGUACAAUAUUUCUUUUUGCACAUGAUUUCACAUCAAAAAUCUCAUGAAACAAGUAUGUACAUGUUUGUAUAUCUAUGUGUACACAUGAAUAAAAAUACAAGUGCAUAUAUAUAUAUAUAUAUAUAUAUAUAUAUAUAUAUAUAUAUAUAUAUAUAUAUAUAUAUAUAUAUACACACAUAUACAUACCAGCACAUACAUACAAAUACAUUAUUUAUAUCUGCAAAAAAAAUUAUAUACAUACACACACACACAUACACAGAUGUGUAGAAGUCAGUAUCUACUUACACACCUAUGUGUGCACUCACAUUUAUGUACACAUAGAGAGAUGUGUAGACAUACACACACACGCACAUACAGACACAUUAUUACUAUGUAUUUAGUCUAACCAAAAUGAUUUCUUUAGACUUAACCCAAACCACACACAAACACAUACAUUUGUAGUUAUAUUUUAAUAUCUCAUGCUGCCUGCCUUUUAGUUGUACUCUUUCUUUGCUUCCCAUUUCCGAAACUGAUACAAGCAAUAAAUAAUAGAUAGACCAACAGACCAUCUUGAUAAUGGAGCCCCAGUUGUAUUCGAUUGCAAACCUUAGCAAUCUGUGCUCAAUCCCCACCGAGUUCAAUUUUGCCUUUCAUCUACCCCAAGAGUUAGUUACACAGUCGAGUCCCAGUGGAAUACUGGCACUCAUUAUCGUCUCCCGGAUUUUAAGGGUUUGUUCGGAAUCCUUCAGUUCCCAGCCAAAGAACAUUCUUACGGUAUUUUCCAGAAUGCAAGUCGAAUUUAUAAAUGACAAGGACGUUUUUUUUGGCAUACAAGUUGACAUUUUCAGAUCAAAGUUUACAGCCCGGAAAGGAAGGAGGUAGGUUUAUAUAUGCCAAGACAACUUCAGUGGACCAACAAUUCCAUGUGAAAUGAAGCAGGAUUUCGUAGGAUAAUGGCUGUUUGAACGUCGACUUGUGUACUGGAAAAUGCUGUAGUUAAUCUCUGAACAAACCAGUUCUUGUUGCAAUUUUUUGCCAACUGGAUUUUUUCUUUGAGUUAAAACAUGGCUAGGAAUUUCAGCUGAAUCUGGCAUUUAUUUCAAUCUACGUUUUGGCCAGAAUUUUGGCUGUGUAUACAUAUGUAUGUAUAUGUAUGUGUAUGGAGAAUGCGUGUUAAAUGAUGAUGAUUGUGUAUAAAUUAAUGUGCAUGUGUAUAUACUUGCGUGCAUGCAUGUAUGUAUAUCUGACUUUUUUUUUUUCCUAGAAUUCCUGGAUAAAAGGAACUGCUUUAAAAUAAAGAAAAAGUUGUGUAUAUAUGUGUGUAUAUAUGUACAUGUAUGUAUGUGUUUUACAUGUUUGUAUGUAAGUGUGUGUGUAUGUAUGUAUAUAUAUAUAUAUAUAUAUAUAUAUAUAUAUAUAUAUAUAUAUACACACACACAAGCAUGAAUGUAAUGUGUAUAUUAUGUGUGCUUGUAUUUGUACAUAUAUGUAUAUUGUGUGCAUAUAAAUUUAUAUAUAUACACACACACACACAGAUAUAUAUUUGUACAUGUGUGUAUCUUGUGUAUAUAUAUAUAUGUUUGUAUGUAUAUAAGAAAUAGGUACCCUGCAUCCCUGUGUGUCAUAACAGGUAACUAAAGUAGGGGUUGGCAUCUGAUUGGGCAUCCAGCCAUAAAAUGCUGCCUUAUAAUGACCCACCUAACCCAUGCUAGCUUCGAAAAUUGGAUGUAAAAACAAUGAAAGUACUCCCGUAAUUAACCCCCUCCACACACAACUAUUUGUAACAAAUUCUUCCUAACAAUUUAUUGGCCAUUUUUUAAUUAAUAAAAUUUAUUUCUUUUUCACUUAA